AUGGCAGCGCAGGGACCUGAUCUGUACGAGAGCCUGAAGAUUAAAUACCCCCACAGCUUCUCCCCAGCGGCAGCUCCCGGCUCGACGGUGGCUCCGCGGCGCCGGUCGCUGCUCCCCGCGCUCGCCCUGGCCACCGUGCUGGCUCUGGCCGCGUCGCUCGCGGCCCUCGGCGUCCUCUGGCAAUGGCUCCAGGGACUUUCCAUCGGCUGGAAGUACCACGACGGGAAGAUCUACUACUUCUCCAGUGACCGCAAGGUCUGGCAGGACGCCGAGAAUUUCUGUUUGUCGAAAAAAUCCCACCUGGUCUCGGUGACCAGUGCGGCCGAGCAGGAUUACCUGGCCCGGGAAACGGGGAAGGGGUUUUACUGGAUUGGCCUCACCGACAUCGAGAAGGAAGGGACCUGGCGCUGGGUGGACGGUACCGAGUACCGCCAGGACGCAAGCUUCUGGGCUCCGGGACAGCCGGACAACACGGACUAUGGGCCCAGUGGGCGAGAGGAGUGCGCGCAGAUUCACCCGGUGGGAAACGGCCUCUGGAAUGACCAUAAUUGCAACAUCUCCUUCCCCUGGAUCUGCAAGAGGCGCCUGGAUGCGAACGGGAUCUGA